CCUGCCUGCCGGCCUGCCUCCCUGCCUCCCCGUCUCCCUGCCUGCCUGCCUGCCUGUGUGUGAAGUGUCUCUGCCUCUCUCACAGAGUUCAGGUCCUUGCUCAGGAGUGCCCAUUGGAGCAGCAGCCGCACAGGGGAGGUCAGCAGUGUCUGAGGUAUAACUAUGAAGGUGUGUGGAGGGUUUCCCUGGAUCCCAGAGCUGGUGGCGCUCAUCUGGAUGUUAAACAUGGCUGGCUCUCUAAAUCCAGACGACCCCAACGUGUGUAGCCACUGGGAAAGCUAUGCAGUGACUGUCCAGGAGUCCUACGCUCACCCCUUUGAUCAGGUUUACUACACCAGAUGCACGGACAUUCUGACCUGGUUUAAAUGCACCAGACACCGAAUCAGCUACAAAACAGCUUAUCGACGAGGACUGAGGACGAUGUACCGCCGAAGAUCCCAGUGCUGCCCGGGAUACUUUGAGAGCGGAGACUUCUGCAUCCCUCUGUGUGUGGAGGAGUGUGUCCACGGAAGGUGUGUGUCUCCUGACACGUGUUUGUGUGAGCCAGGCUGGGGAGGCAUCGACUGCUCCAGCGGCUGUGAGAGCGAUCAUUGGGGCCCGCACUGCAGCAACCGAUGUCAGUGUCAGAAUGGAGCCCUGUGCAACCCCAUCACAGGAGCCUGUGUGUGCACCGAUGGGUACCUGGGCUGGAGGUGUGAGGAGCCCUGUGAUCAAGGGAGCUAUGGGAAGGGCUGUCAGCUCCGGUGUCAGUGUCAGAAUGGAGCCACGUGUGACCAUGAGACCGGGGAGUGCCGCUGCGCGCCGGGGUACACUGGAGCCUUCUGCGAGGAGCGCUGCCCCCCGGGCAGUCACGGGGCCCAGUGUGAGCUACGCUGCCCAUGUCAGAAUGGAGGGAUCUGCCACCACGUCACCGGAGAGUGCUCCUGCCCGGCCGGCUGGAUGGGCUCAGUGUGCGCCCAGCCCUGCCCUUAUGGGAAGUUCGGUAUCAACUGCACCCAAGACUGCCUCUGCCACAACGGAGGCCAGUGUGAUCAUGUGACAGGACAGUGUGACUGCACAGCAGGAUACACUGGAGAGAGGUGUCAGGAAGAGUGUCCUAUUGGCACGUACGGCCUUCAGUGUGCCCAGAAGUGCGACUGUCUGAACGGGGCGAAGUGUUACCACAUUAACGGGGUCUGCAUGUGCGAGCCCGGGUUCAAAGGAGCUCACUGCCAGGAGCGGCUGUGUCCAGAUGGACUGUACGGACUCAAGUGCAACAAGUACUGUCCGUGCAACGCCAAGAACACUCUCAGCUGCCACCCCCUGUCUGGAGAGUGUACAUGUGCAGCAGGCUGGGCCGGGCUGUACUGUAACGAGACCUGCCCACCGCGAUACUACGGGGAUGGAUGCCAGCAGCUGUGUGCCUGUGACAAUGGGGCAGACUGUGACAGCAUCACUGGGAAGUGCAUCUGUGCACCAGGGUACACGGGAGAAGACUGCUCCCUUCCCUGCCCCUCUGGUUCGUACGGAGCCAACUGCUCCUGUGUGUGUAACUGCAGGAACGAGGCCGCGUGCUACCCCAUCGACGGCUCCUGUAUUUGCAGAGAAGGGUGGCAGGGUGUGGACUGCUCCAUCCUGUGCUCAAGCGGCACGUGGGGUCUGAACUGUAAUCAGACGUGCUUCUGCGCCAAUGGAGCCGCUUGUAACCCUGUGGACGGCUCCUGCACCUGCUCUCCGGGCUGGAGGGGGGGCAGCUGUGACCAGCCCUGCCCGGACGGAACAUACGGUCUGGAGUGCAGCGAGCGUUGUGACUGUAGCCAUGCGGAUGGAUGUGACCCCAUCACAGGGUACUGCCGCUGCUUAGCUGGGUGGACAGGUAUCCACUGUGACAAUGUGUGUGUUCAAGGUCGCUGGGGGCCGAACUGCUCCAUCUCGUGCAACUGUGACAAUGGAGGCUCGUGCUCCCCUGAGGACGGGACCUGCGAGUGCGCACCCGGGUACAGAGCGGCCACCUGCCAGAGAAUCUGCUCUCCCGGGUUUUACGGGCACCGCUGCAGCCAGGCAUGCCCGCAUUGUGUGCACAGUAACGGGCCGUGCCACCACAUCACUGGGCACUGCGAGUGCCUGCCAGGGUUCUUCGGCUCCCUCUGCAACCAAGUGUGCGCCACUGGAAAGUUUGGGAAGAACUGCGCCGAGGUCUGCUUGUGUACCAACAACGGCACCUGCAACCCCAUUGACGGGUCGUGCCAGUGCUUCCCAGGCUGGAUCGCAGAGGACUGCUCCCAGUCCUGCCCCCCGGGGUACUGGGGCCCGAACUGCAUCCACACGUGUAACUGCCACAACGGAGCCCUGUGCAGCGCCUAUGACGGGGAGUGCAAGUGCACUGCGGGCUGGACCGGCCUCUACUGCACACAGCGCUGCCCCACAGGGUUCUUCGGGAAGGACUGUGCCCAGGUGUGCCGCUGUCAGAAUGGGGCGGACUGUGAUCACAUUUCCGGACAGUGUGCCUGCCGUACAGGCUUUAUCGGCAGCAGCUGCGAGCAGAAGUGCCCCCCUGGUACGUUUGGGUACGGGUGCAAACAGCUGUGUGAGUGCAUGAAUAAUGCCACCUGUGACCAUGUGACAGGGACCUGCUACUGUAGCCCCGGGUUCAAGGGGAUCCGCUGUGACCAAGCGGCUCUAAUCAUGGAGGAGCUGAACCCCUACACUAAGAUCAGCCCGGCCCUGUCUGAGAGGCACUCCGUGGGGGCUGUGAUUGGGAUCAUCGUCCUGCUCCUCAUCAUCGUGGUGCUCCUCAGCCUCUUUGUCUGGUACCGGCAGAGACAGCGAGAGAAGGGGCACGACAUGCCCAGCGUCUCCUACACCCCUGCGAUGAGGAUGACCAACACAGACUACUCCCUGUCUGAUACCUCUCAGAAUACUGGCAGUGGUCAGUGCUUCUGGAACCCGAGCUAUCAUACUCUGUCUCACUGUGGCGCCACCUCUCGCUUCCCCAACAGCCUGGAUGGGAACACUGCUAGUAAGGUUAAAAUCACUGACCAGGAGAAUGCAGACUGGAGACCCUACUGCAAUCUGAAUGAUUUAGGUGCUGGCGGAAUGGACAGACAUCACAACACUUACAUUGUUGAGCAAUGUUUCAAAGAUUACAUGAAGAGCUCCGUGUGCAGCUCCAGCGCCAGCUCCCUGAACAGUGAGAACCCCUACGCCACCAUCAAGGACCCACCCAGCCUCACCUGCAAGCACUCGGAGAGCAGCUACGUGGAGAUGAAGUCUCCAGCACACAGAGACCUGCUCUAUGCUGACAUGCCCUCUUCUUCCACCACCAACAAGAAUGUCUAUGAAGUCGAACCCACAGUCAGCGUGCUUCAAGGAGCGAACGGGAUGGGUGCAAAUUACAACCAGAACCCAUACGACCUGCCCAAGAACAGCCACAUCCCAAGCCACUAUGACCUGCUACCGGUGCGGCACAGCCCAAUCCACACAACCUCGCCCGUGGACAAACAAGAGGACAAGCAGUCAUAGAGGAGGAGGCAGGGGGUGCAACACGGCCGCAGAACACCGCGGCAGAGACAAUCUCCCUGCUACAUGCUGAAAGGACUGCAGAGUGCAGAGACGGUGAACUCACUGAACUGGAGUAGAUGAACAGAAAAACGCUGUCCUGCACUUUUUUUUUUACUGCUGCAUGACGAUGUUAACGCUGUUUGAAGGAUUGCGAGGGUCUGGAGGCACUUUCUCUGUUUACGCCUCUCAAUAAUACGAACAGGUCAAGGCCCUCCGAACUCAUAGCAAGUAACGUUAUAAAAGAAAUCACUCUAUCACACCAGCUAUUAUUUGUAUUUGUAUACAAUUGCACAGGACUGUGUCAGCUGACUAUAAAGCAAUGGUCAAUUGGUAACGCUUAGAACUGGGGUAAAAACAAACUGGACCACGUGUACUGGAUUAUAUGAAUCACGGCCAGCCUUACAACCAACAUGAUUCAAAACAGUAGUCAGGUUUUGGUGCAGCUUAAAACAAAAAAUGUGUCUUGUGCUCUCAUUUUCAGAUUCCAUUCCACCUUACCGUGGAUCCCAGUUCUAGUUGCCCCUCUGGUACGCUGGCCUCAUAUAAAGGGGCUGUGUUGAUGACCAGAACCCUGUAGAGCUUGGCUUCCUUUUCUCUAUAGAAUGUGUCAGGAGGAACAGUAGCUAGAAAUCUUUCCUAUUGAUCUGUAGCAGCCGGGGUUUGACGUCAGCAAAACCUGGGACCCUCUAUAGAUAUUAACAGUACUGGCUUCCCUGGUGAACUUUCGCAUGGUUAAUUAGUGAUUUGAUAAGAAUUCUGUAAUUUAUUGAUUAACUUGUACUGCAAAUAGUCAGUUAGUGGCUUACUGAAUUAGACAUCUGUAUUAUUACAGUAUUUUUGUUUUAUAUCGAGAACCUCAACAAACUGUUUGUGAGCUCUAUUUUUUUAAUGUGUUUAUUUAUUUAUGUACAGUUGAAUUUGUCCAUUGGUUCAUAUACUGAUUCUGUGCAGUCAGAAGCCUUCCUUAACAAAGCCAGUUGUUGUGCCUGUGACGCCACGAUACCGAUAGGAAGCUUGAUGGUUCGGCAGCAAUAGUAUUGUCAUGCCCACAGGAACAAGGGUGCACUUGUAUAGGCUGUGUACACAAUAUCAUUUGUCAUUUUAUACUAACCGUGCACUGAAAAUGACUGGCUUUUGCUUUUACGUUUAUUUUUAAACAUGCUAGAUGUUCCCUUUGUCAACUGAUCAAUACCUAACCGAGGAAAAAAAUAAAACCCAAGCACCAUGCCAUUGGUUUCAUUCUACCUAUAUAAGCAAUAACAUGCUGACAAUCACUCCGUACAGGCUGCAUGUCUCAAUCAAUGGGAUGUGUUUGCAUGCAUUGUUCUGAAGGGAUUAGGAAUAAAGAUAAACAGCAGCUACCCUCAAUUACCAAUAAUAAUAAUAAUAAUAAUAAUUGAAUCAACAAGAGGCUACAUGCACUCGUUAUAGCUUCACUAAACAUGUUAUUGAAAGGGGGAAUAAUGAAAAGAUUCUCAAGGUGUUAACAGAUUCUAUUCAUGCUUUUUAUAGUUUAUAGCCAGCUUCCAAAAGGUGCAUGCCUAUUUCAGACUAAGGAAAGAAAACAAUAAAAUACCGAGCUGCGAUUGUUUCUGUUGCUCAUGGAAUCGCACAGAAAGUUUGAAUUCCCUACAUUGUUUCUGUUGCUCAUGGAUUAUUCUUCUCCUUGUGGUUUGAUGCUAAUUCCUGUUUCUUUAGAUGCAGUUUUCUCUAAGUACCGGCCCCCUGCACACCAAACCAUUUUCAAUGAUCCGUUCCGCAUUCUAACAGUCUAAGAGUAACCUGUGCAGUCUCUCUGCACCUGGCCAGGUGCGUUAAUUAUUGACAGGCUCAUCAUUCUGGCCUUAUUGCUUCCCAUGAACAGACUGAAAAUGAAUAAAACAGUGUUGAAACCAGGGAGCUUUCAAUCAAUCGAAAGAGAAGCAAGUGAUCUCCUAAGUCUCGUCUAUGCAGUAUCAGCCGAGUAAAAUGAGUAGACGAUGGCAUAGCAAUCGCUUUUUUUGUUUAUUCUUUUAUUUUAUACUUUUCUCUGAAAACCGUUUUUUUUCCAGUCUUAUUUAACAAUUAACAUUGUCAAGUGAAACAAUGCCCUGCUCUUUGUUUAGUGGAUGGACCCUACAUACUUUUACUGGGUCAGUCAUCAAUAAAACUGUUUUGUGUAUUCCAGAGAGUAGUGUGGUUUCUGUUUGGCCUAUUAAGCAUUAUUUUUUACGUUACAAAUUCACCCUCCCUUACAUAAAAUAGCAUGUCCCUGCAUUUUCAGCAGAUGGCUACAUUCUUGCACACAAAAAUAAAAUUGAAUGUACACAAUGAACAAAUCAUAUACAAGACACAAUAGCAUAUAUAUAUAUCAUAAUCUAAGAAAGGUUUCAUGAAUGAUUUCGCAACAGUAACAUAGUAACACAGGGUUACGCAAUACUACAGGACUUUGCAAAUUCUACCGAGUGCUAGAAAUGGUCCUAGAUUACCAUUUGCAUAUAGUACGGUACUGCACUCUUGGCUUGGUGAACCUACUUUACGAGCUCAAUGACACAGCAGUCAUUAUAAUUGCAUGUAAUUCUCUUCUGCCCGAAAAUACAAGACACCGUACUCUUACAACCCAGCUGAAUACAGUGAGAUGAUUCAAACUGUCCAAACGUCCUUACAUGUGUUUUAUUUGGCGUAUUUCUGAGACAGCGCACUACUGUACUGGCCUGGUACUGGGAGUUCUUUGCUUUCUUUAACAGCACUGUACCUAGCACCAUGUGUGAGCCACAGAGGAGUCAGCAAUAUAUUAUAACUCGUUGAAAUUGAUCACAGCUGUUGACUGAUUGACUGGCACUGAUGUGAGAAGCCAUGUUCAUUUCAUUUCAAUCUGUGUACUUUGACUAUUCAAAUUACAAUCAGCACAAUAGACAGCUGGGCAUUUAAAAGGUUUCAAGAAGCACAUUAAAUAUUUCUGAUCUUACAGAACACGGACUGCUGAUUUGCCUACCUCACAUUAUGUUUAGUCUGGUUUCCUAAAAUCCUGACCAGUUUUGCCCUUCACCAAAGCAUUGAAAGGUGUGAUAUUGGGCAACAGGUUAACUAGAUACAGUUUACGUGAACAUGAAUCUGCAAAUAUCCAAAAGAAAAACCACUAGUAAUCUUUAAUCAUAUUCCCCUUUAUUUUUUUGUAAUUAUUUUUAUUAACUUGUAUUGAAUAUAUUUGAAAUCAUAAUAAAAAAAUAAAAAAA